AUUGAUACUGAUCGCGUGACCGGUUGAUUUUUAUCUUUCUCCCGGUAAAUUAUCAAGAAUCUGCAGCCGGCUUACAAGAAGUAACCGUAAACAAAGCAAAAAUUGAAAGAGAAAGUGAAGGAAGUGAUCGAACUGCAAAGAAAGUAAAAAGGAAUCGAUAUAUAAUCAUUUGCUAUGCGCCAGUAGCCUUUAUGGAUCAGACUGUUCAACAUAGUAAAUCGUGUGAGAAGUGGUAUCAAAUAAAAACCAGUUUACUAUAUACGAUAAGACCCCCCGCGACUUUUACGAAGAGAUAACGAGAAGAGGAGAUAAACGGAGAUUCUUUUUUCUGUAUCGAGUUUGGUUCAGUGUUCCUAUAACAGCGGUCCAGUAAACAGUAGCGUUUGCAAUGGGUGAUCAAAAUACUGUGAUCAAUUUUGGAGCGGGACCAGCUAAACUUCCGGAGGAGGUGUUAAAACAUGUGCAAGAGGAAUUGCUCGCAUACGGUGAUACUCGAAUUAGCAUUCUGGAACUGAGUCAUCGAUCGGCCGAAUUCAAAAAUGUUAUUGAUACUGCACAAGCAACGUUACGAGAAAUAUUACAUGUCCCCGAUAAUUACAAAGUUUUAUUCAUGCAAGGCGGCGGAACGGGAUUAUUUGCAGCUGUGCCUUUGAACAUGAUGACCACUGGUUCUGCGGACUACAUAGUAACUGGUUCAUGGUCGGCCAAAGCAGCAAAAGAGGCGGCAAAAUAUGGCAAAGUAAAUCUAGUUGUGCCGAAAACGACAAAAUAUACCGAAAUUCCGGAUCCUUCAACAUGGAACUUGAGUCCUGAUGCGUCUUACGUUUAUUAUUGCGCUAACGAGACGAUUCACGGAAUCGAGUUCGAUUAUAUUCCCGAGACAAAUGGGGUGCCGCUUGUUGCUGAUAUGUCGUCGAAUAUAGCCACGAGAUGUUUAGAUAUUUCGAAAUUUGCAGUAAUCUUCGCUGGUGCACAAAAAAAUAUUGGUCCAGCUGGUGUAACGCUGGUAAUAGUACGAGACAAUGUUCUCGGCCAUGCCAUGAAAGUUUGUCCCACAAUAUUAGAUUUUACUGUUAUGGCAGCUGAUAACUCCUUACAUAAUACACCACCAGUAUUUCAAAUAUAUACAGUCGGGUUAGUCUUCAAAUGGAUCAAAGAACAUGGUGGGGUCGAAAACAUGGAGAAACUGGCGGUCAUUAAGAGCAAGAAAAUAUAUGAGGUGAUCGACGAAUCGAAAGGUUUUUACUCGUGUCCAGUUAAGGCAGAUGCGCGGAGCAGAAUGAAUAUAGCGUUUAGAAUAGGUAAUAAUGAUGAGGAACUUGAAAAAGAAUUUCUUUCCGGUGCAUCUGCGCGCGGAAUGCUUCAGUUGAAAGGUCACAGAACUGUUGGCGGAAUUCGGGCAACAGCGUAUAACGCUAUUAGCGUAGAGGAAGUAGAGAAAUUAGCAGAAUAUAUGAAGUGGUUCUUCCAAAAACAUUAUAAUAAAUAAUAGGGGAUUUGCAAUGUUAUCUGUUUCAAAUAUAGUUAUA